AUGUCAACAUAUCUCGUCACUGGAGCCGGCCGGGGAUUAGGACUCGCGUUUGUGCGGUACCUUUCAGAACGGCCCCCGAGCGAGGUCUCGAUGGUCUUUGGGACCGUGCGUGCGGAGCCGUCAAAGGAGCUACAGCAACUCGCCGACUCCUCCCAAGGUCGCCUUGUCAUCAUCCACGUGAUCCUGACCGACAAGGCAAGCAUCGCCGAGGGCGUCGAGCAGGUCAAGAAGAAGCUCGACCGGCGCGGCCUCGACGUGCUCAUCAACAACGCCGCCAUUAUAGAAUACUGCAAGAGCGUCGAGGAAAUGGGCGACCUGCGCAGAAUGUUGGAGGUCAACGUCGAGGCUGUUCAUGACGUUACUGCGGCCUUUUUGCCUCUGCUGCGGCAGGGGAAGCAGAAGAAGAUUGCCAAUAUUGGGUCGAGUGUGUCUUCCAUGGCCAACGCCCGCAAGUGGAUGAUAUCAACACAAUACUCCUACAAGAUAUCCAAAGUCGCUCUCAACGCCCUCACUGUUCAGUAUGCGUAUUCACUCGAGGAAGAGGGGUUCGCCGUCUUUACCGUUUGCCCUGGCUGGGUGCAAACGGACAUGACAAGUUACACUGCCGACUUGGAUGCUUCAACAUCCGCGGAGGGCGUCAUGGGAGUGAUAGCAAAGGAUAAUAAGGAUAUAAAUGGCAAAUUUCUCAAGAUACACGUCCCAGGUAUGGAGGUCCGCCCGGGCGCCCAUCACGAGUACGAUGGAGCGGAAAUCCCUUGGUAG